AGAGGUCUGCUCAGCUCAAAAUGCCUGAGUUACUUAAGCUGCCACUCUUCCUGCUGUAAGUGGAAAGUGCUGGACAAGGACAUAAACAUGUUCAGGAGCAGGUACUCCAGCAAAAGAGACAACCUAUGGGGUUUCUACAUCCUUAUGUUGUACACCACCCCCCUCUCCUCUCUGGCAAAUUUCAGUCAAGCAAAAGAGCUCAUCUAUAAGAUAAAGGAGGGAUUACCCAAGGGGACUUUCAUCGGGGCUAUUGGAGUGGACUUACGUUUGGAUUUCACAGUUGAACCCCCCUUUUUAUUCAGUCUCACUCAAAAGAAGGUCAGUGAGCAGUAUGUGAACAUAAAUAAUACAACUGGGGAGCUUUACACAUCCGCUGCUGAGAUUGACAGGGAGACCCUGUGUCCUUACAGCUCUGAGGAGCAGGGAUGUUUCCUUUCACUGGAUGUGUUUGUGUUGCCUCAGCAGUACUUUCAGCUUGUCAAAGUAAAGCUUUUAAUUGAAGACAUGAAUGACAACAGGCCAAAGUUCCCCACAGAUGAAAUCUGCAUGUCUAUCCCAGAAAACACACCAAUAAAUGGCCGUUUUGCAGUGGAACAGUCUGCUUUUGACCCGGACCUGGGGAUUUAUGGAGUGCAGACCUACUGGCUGGUUAACGACUUUGGUGUGUUCACUCUGGAUGUAGAGGAGAAUGAUGGAGGUGAGCUGACACCAUUCCUCAUUGUGACAGACUUUUUAGACAGAGAGACGCAAGCUGAAUACGUUACAGAUAUCAUUGCAGAAGAUGGAGGGACCCCUCCCCUUCUUGGAGCAGCAACUUUAAAAAUUGCCAUCACAGAUGUAAAUGACAACUGCCCUAAAUUUACAGAGUCACAAAUUAAUGUCACUCUGCACGGGAAUACCAGCAAAGGGGCACAGUUGGCACGUUUGCAUGCUUUUGACCCUGACCUUGGUGCUAAUGCACAGAUCAGCUACGCUUACAGUGAACGUGUGCCAAGGGACACCAGGAGCUUGUUCCAUUUGGACAAAUUUACAGGGGGGAUCAAGCUAGCCAGGAAACUAGACUUUGUCACAACCACAUUUUACAAACUGACUAUUCUGGCCAAUGGACCUGGCUGCAUCCCUGCUGUUGCAACUGUAACUGUUUACGUCAUCAAAGUGGUUACAGGACCUCCUGCUGUCAUACCUAGAUAUAUUGCACCCGAGAAGGAUGGAGUGGUGACUUUAAAGGAGUCUGAGCCAGCUUUUUCUCCAAUAGCAUUUUUUACUAUCAAAAACAUAGACAAAAGCAAAAGGGUGGACUGUUAUUUGGAAGGGUUUGGUCCCUUCAGGCUUGUCCCAUACCAGCAGUUAGAGAAUGAGUAUUUACUAGAAACAACAGAGACAUUGGACUAUGAGAGGACUCAGGAAUAUGAGCUAAUUUUGGUUGCUAACAAUACUCAAGGUCUAAUCAUAAAGACUUUCCUAAAGGUGCAGGUUUUGGAUGAGAAUGACAAUGCACCAGUGUUUCAACAGUCUUUGGUGGAAAUAUCAAUUGAGGAAAAUAAUUCACCAAACACAUUUCUAACUCAGCUCCAAGCAUCAGACCCAGACAGUGAAAGUCGAGGGGAGGUAAUCUACAUCCUUGGUGGGGAUACUCCUGGGAUUUUUGUUGUGGAUCGUCUGACGGGGGUUCUGACUGUUGGGACAUCUCUUGACAGAGAGGAAAAAGAACAAUAUCGGUUCAUAGUUAGAGCAGUAGAUCAGGGGACGCCCAGGAGGGAGUCAAUUGCUACGGUGGUGGUGACUGUACUGGAUCGCAAUGACAACAGUCCAUGUUUCAUCAACAAGGAUUUUACCUUCUUUGUGCCAGAAGACAUUUUUAUGAUAGACACUGGCCGAGGUGCACUGAGGGCCAAGACAUCCCUUGACCGUGAGCAGCAAGGAACGUACCAGCUGUGGAUUGAGGCCGCCGAUGGUGGGGUGCCAGCGCUUUCCUCUGUUACUAUGGUGACUGUCCUCUUGUUGGAUGUGAAUGACAACCCGCCAGUUGUUCUUUUCCCUCAGUCUAACCAGUCCUUCAUGCUGGUACUUCCUAAUACAACACCUGGGACAUCAAUAGCAGAAGUGUACGCAGUGGACAAAGACACAGGGAUGAAUGCUGUGAUUGCCUACAGUAUCAUUAAAAGGAAAGGGGGUGAUCCAGGGUCAUUUGCCAUCGACCCAGAAACAGGAAACAUAACAUUAAAGAGGGAGCUCAGCAGCAGGGGACUUUACAGCCUUCUAGUGAAAGUUAGUGAUCACGGUCAACCUGAACCGCUUUACUCAACGGUCAUGGUUAACUUCUUUGUCAAUGAAACAGUGAGUAAUGAGAGUUACAUCCAAAGUCUGCUGACCAGAGACGUUGACAUAGAAGUUGAAGAGAAGCCCUGGUACAUCAGUCAGAUGACAGAUGGGCCAGAGAGGUAUGAGCUGUUCCCCUGUCGGCCCAUCCUCAUCAGUCUUUCAGUGGCGUGUCUCGGGUUGUUUGCCCUGGUUCUCAUAUUGAUAUCAUAUAUAUGCUGCAAGAGAUUCAAAAAGAUAAGGAAGAAAAGAUCAGAAGUGGAAGUACCUUUAAAAUUGAAAAAUGGCUCAACAAACUUUCUGAACAGAAAACUCAGGCAGAUGUCAAACAUCUGAUCAUCAGUUUUGUACAUUUCCAAAAGCUACCACUGUUUACAUGAAUGUUUACAAAUAUAAGAAGUACAGCUCUUACAUAAAGUUGCUGUUUUUGCUUUGGUAAUUUUAGUGUUAUUACUGCAAUACACCCAAGAAUGGAAGGUCUAAGUUUAAAGUUCUAUUUUGUCAUCUCCUAUACGAUACAUUGUAUUCGUGAU